AUGGCACCAAAGAAAACAAGUGGUAGUGCAAGUACCGAGAAGAGGAGGAUGAUGUCCCUCGAAAUAAAGCUUGAAAUCGGCGAGAAAUAUGAGCAAGGCAUGCGACAAACCCCAGACACUUCAACGGAGGAGGAAUCCUUUAAAGCCAGUCGGGGCUGGUUUGAUAAUUUUAAGAAAAGGACGGGGAUUCACUCCGUUGUUAGGCAUGAUGAGGCAGCAAAUGCUGAUGUAAAGGCAGCAGAAGAGUUCGUGAAAAAUUUCGCAGAAUUCGUCGAGGCAGAAGGAUACAUCCCCCAGCAAAUCUUCAACUGCGACGAGACAGGGCUCUUCUGGAAGAAGAUGCCGAGGAGAACAUACAUCACCGAAGAGGAGAAGAAGAUGCCAGGACACAAACCUAUGAAGGAUAGGUUGACCCUCGCCCUGUGUGCAAAUGCGAGUUGCAACUGCAAAAUAAAGCCGCUACUCAUAUAUCAUUCGGGGAACCCCAGAGCCUUUAAAGCACACAAGAUAAUAAAGGAGAAACUCCAUGUUAUGUGGAGGGUAAACCCUAUGUCGUGGGUCACCAGGCAGUUCUUUAUCGACUGGGUAAACCUUGUGUUUGGUCCUUCGGUGAAGAAAUAUUUGAAGGACAACAACCUACCCCUGCGAGCCCUUCUCGUCCUCGACAAUGCUCCUGCACAUCCACCACAGAUUGAGGAAGAAAUACUCAACGAGUAUAAUUUUGUGAAGGUUCUCUACCUUUCUCCAAACACCACCUCUAUCCUCCAGCCAAUGGAGGACAAACAGACCGAUGCUCCUGACCUCGAAAGAUCUGUUCCAAUGCGUGCUCAUGUCCACCAGGAAGUUGCAGAGUAUGAUCUUUAA